GCAGCAUAUACUGAGGCAGCAGAGGUUGAGCAGCAGUAGGCUCAGGAUGGACAGCUAGCAGCUGGUCUCCCUCCUUCAACAGCGUCACCCUGCGAGUCUCGAUGGCCAACUGAAAACAUUAUAAGCAGAAAACUGCAGAAGUGUCAGGGAGAAAGGAUGGACUCUAUCUCUAUGAUGGGUGGAAACAGGAGCCCUCUGUUCCUAACAGCCUCUUCAUCCUCUCAACACCUCCACCAUGCCCAGGCCCACUUGCUGGCCAAUGGUAUGAAGAAUCGAUUUGCAGAUGCAGGAAGUUGCUGUCUGCCUGCUCAGCCCACUGUGGCCAUCCUGGGAUCAGGUGACUUCUCCAAGUGCCUGACCAUUCGCCUGCUACGCUGUGGCUUCCAUGUGGUGGUGGGCAGCCGCCAUCCCAAAGUAGCUGCCCAUUCAUUUCCACAUGUGGUGGAUGUGACACACCAUGAAGACGCAGUCAGUAAAGCUAGCAUUGUGUUCCUGGCAAUCCGCCGUGAGCACUAUUCUGUUCUGUGGGACCUCAAACACCUACUGGAAGGGAAGAUCCUGGUGGAUGUGAGUAACAAUAAGCGAGUGAACCAGUAUCCAGAGUCCAACGCUGAAUAUCUGGCUUCACUACUGCCAGACUCCAUUGUGGUCAAAGGCUUCAAUGUCAUUUCAGCCUGGGCCAUGCAACAAAGCUGCCCUAAAGAUGCCAGCACACAGGUGUUCAUCUGCAGUGACUCAGUAGAAGCCAGACAGCUGAUUGUGGAAUUAGCCCGGCAGCUCAACUUCCAGCCAGUGGAUAUGGGCACUCUGUCGUCUUCCCGUGAUAUUGAGAACAUACCUAUCCAAUUAUUCCCUGGCUGGAAGGGCCCUGUCCUUGCUGCUGUGGCCCUCUCCAUCUUCUUUUUUGCUUACUCUUUUGUUAGAGAUAUAAUUCACCCAUAUGUGAAAUACAAGCAGAGUGACUUUUACAAGAUCCCAAUAGAGAUAGUGAAUCGGACACUGCCUACUGUUGCCAUCACUCUCUUGGCCCUGGUGUACCUGGCAGGGCAGUUAGCAGCUGCACACCAACUCUACUAUGGUACCAAGUACAGGCAUUUCCCACACUGGCUGGAAGGCUGGCUGCAGAGCCGGAAACAGCUGGGUCUCCUCAGUUUUUUCCUGGCUGCUAUCCAUGUUCUCUACAGUGUCUGCCUGCCCCUGAGAAGAUCUGAGAGGUACCUGCUGCUUAACACUGCCUAUCAACAGGUCCACUCUAACAUGGAGAAUACAUGGAAUGAAGAGGAGGUGUGGAGGGUGGAGAUGUAUGUGUCCUUUGGGAUCAUGAGUCUUGGGCUACUGUCUCUCCUGGCCCUCACCUCCAUCCCCUCUGUCCACAGCACACUCAGCUGGAGAGAAUUCAGCUUCAUACAGUCCACUCUGGGCUACAUUGCCCUGCUCAUCGCAACCUUACAUGGGCUGUUGUUUGGCUGGAAACGAGCCUUUGAGGAGGAGGCCUAUCGUUUCUACCUGCCCCCCAGCUUUGUUGUGGCCUUGGCACUCCCGGUGUGCGUCAUAAUGGGAAAGGUGCUGAUGCUGCUCCCCUGUGUGUCCCGCAAGCUCCACCAGAUCCACAGGGGCCAGGAAAGCAGUCAGUAUAAGUGCAAGCGCAUGGAGCCAGUGGGCUCAGCUGCCCACAUUUCACCUGAGAGAGUCACUAUCAUGUGAUCAACUGCCUGCUCCUUUAUUGCUACAGUUAGCUGUGUUAUUGAAACAAAUGAAGACUGUUUAUUCUUGUGAUUCUAAUUAAAAGGACAUAUAUUCUUGGUUACUGUAACCAGUUUCUGCUGACAGGUUAAUUAUGUACCUGUGUACGUGUUGCUGUUCACUAUGGUGUGAUCUGUUUGUUAAAAUGAUACCAGUUGAUGUUUUUCCUGUAGUAUUUCAUCAAUACUCAAUUCCUCUGUGUUUUCUUCAUUACUUUAAAGGGGAACUCCAAUUUUACUGAUAACGGUAAAAAAACCCUCUGAGAAAAGCCUUUUGUCAUCUUCUGUGGCCCUAAAGAGGAUGUCACAUGGCAAAUAACUUUGAUAGUAUGCAGGUCAGUUUUAAAAUGAGGCAUUCUCGGGGUGAUCUUUUCAUCUGUAUAAAGGUAAGAGUCUGAACUGUAGUAUCUUUGACAAUUUUGCAGGAAAAUAUCAUUUUAAAUACUGUUGUGACAGUAAUUAUGAAAUGCUUCACGUGUUGACUCUGCAGUGUGUCUGUGUCGUCCUUUUCUGUCUGUUCUGAUUAUAGUACAGUACCACCACUACUGAGUACUGCAUUUACCUCUGCAAUACAA